AGGUGUGAUUAUUACAACCCUUAGUAGUCAUCGCGAAUGUUUAAUACCAACACGUAAUAAUGAAAUAUAGAAUAAAUGUGCAUGUUUCGAUCACGGAAUACAAGACAGUAUUUUUGAUUGAAUGACAUUUACAAAAUCAACAUGGUGUGUUGUCGGCGAAUAAGACUAAGAACCGGUACGUACUGUGGAACCGGUAAGACUAUUGCUUUAGUUAUGGCCUUGUAUGUGGUCGGACAAUGCGUGAAAUACCUCAAUACUAUUCCCACAGUGACAUUAAUCGAGAUUAAGCCUUCAAGCAACCCAGAUGAUAUUGGAAAUAUAUUACGAGUCUCCAAAGCAAUUGAUAAGUAUUUCAAAAACAGCGCGUUUAUUUUUUCACGGAAACUGGGGAUGGACUAUUUGGCACAUAACUACUACAGUUCACUGUAUCAACAUUUACAGAAAGAAAAAAAAAUAGAAUUCAGAUAUAAGAAUUUCCGAUUAGUUGAACCCCAUUUCUCAACUGAAGCUGAUCGGUGGCUUUUUCUGAAUAACAGUAUUUAUGUGAAAGAUCUAGAAGCAAUCCCGGAUAUACGAUUACGCGGAAUAGUUGCUGUUCAGGAAAAUGCAGUGGCUUACGAGAAGCUCGAUUGUGGCUGGAAAAAUAAUUUAGCAGAUUAUCAAGGAAAUGAGAAAAAAUUCUUAAAUGGAACUAUUUGCCCACUUCUCGUCCCAGAUAGUCACGCCUUUCAACAUUUCAUAGACGGAGUUUUACCCAAAUUAAUGCAGGUGUAUGAUUAUGUUAUCAAUAGUAACGUGUUUUUUCUAAUCCUUAAACCACGCGAUACUUUAAUUUAUGACUUUUAUCACAAGUUGGGUAUAUCACGUGAUAGACUCGUGUUUUAUGAAAAUAACCCAACGAAAGUAAAAAAAAUGAUUAAUACGUGCAUUGCCCCGCCCAUACAUCCUGCACUGUGGUUAUCUGGUAGAGAAGCAUUAGGGGUUUCAGCUAAUAUGAUGGUACCUAUGAAUCAAACAUUAGUGGUAUUAAUUAAACGCAAAAACACACAUAAUGGAGGAAGAAGGAUGCUAAAUAUUGAUCUGGUUGAAAAAUUUGUGAUAAAUCGCUACGGUAUUGACGGAGUCCAGAUAUUUUCAGGAGGGUUAAAAUUUAAUGAGACCGUGUCCUUGUUUCAAAGGACACGAAUCAUCAUUGGUGUACAUGGUGGAGCUAUGUAUAAUAUACUAUUUUCUCCUCGGCAAACCAGCGUAAUUGAAAUCAUGCCAACAAAAAACAAUGGUCAGAUUGGACCUCCUUGGAUAGCACAUGGGAUUAUCUGGGUUCAAGCCCAAGUCCUUGGACAAUCAUACUGGAGGUUGCCGAUGUUACCUGAAGGCAGAAAAUCAGACGUAAGAGUGGAUAUAGGUCGUCUAGGGGCAUUGCUCAACAAAGUAGAUAAAGCUUAUAAUAAAAAGAGUCUAUAAGAAACUCCAGCCAGUGAGAUAGCUCUUGAACUGCCCGAAACUCAAAAUGGAAAGAUUAUUUCACCGAAAUUUACCUUCAUCAUCUAAACAAAUUUGUAUACGCCCACACGUAGUUUGUGAAUUCAAAUAAAAAAUUAAAUAAUAGAGGGAAAUCUAAAAGCAUUUGAAAAACAUGAACUAUGAACUUUGAUUGGAUCUAAGUCAUAAGAAACUUGAUACAGUGACACCAGUAGGAGUGGUUAAAACAAAGUCAUGGGUAUUAGGACUUUACUUUGCUUCAAAUAUCUUUGGUGUAAUAGUGUUACACUUACGAAACGUUAGAUGCCAUGAAAGAUGGGCGUAUUUGGUCGUGACACUGUCAUGGCCUUGUAUGUCCGGCAACAUUUGUCUUAUGAAGGGAUAGAGGCUAAGGUUAUUGACGAUUUUUUUCAUGUUUGGUGUGAAGCAUUAUGGUCAUAAGAGGAUGAACCCUGUUCCAAAAACCAUGUAAACAUGAUAGAGGCUACAGUCUUCAUUGGAUUUAUGUCAAAUCCGGUGUGAAGCAGUCCAGGCAUGAGAGGACGACCACAGCAGAGACCAGGUUUCUUGAAGGCAUCCAUGACAAAUUUGACCAACAUCCAGGUUUUCCUAUCGGAGAAGCUACUGUCGAGACAUAGCUGCUGUGUGGGCGUAUUUCCAUGCUCCGCGUGGCCACCUUUUCAUUUACGGGUAGGCCUUUCACUGUAAUUGCACUCUGCGCAGUGCCCGAAAUAUCCCAAGGCCGGUACCGUUACAUGUAUCUUAUGUGGACGCCAGGUAAGAAAGUACUGUUAAAGAUAGGUUCCCAGAAAAGUAUUUAUCGGGUGGUUAUUUCCAAUACAAGUAUGGCAAUUUUGGUAUAUAUGGAAAGUAGAAACAUCCAAUCUUACUAGAAAAAUACUGGAUGCCCCGAAAAACACUCAUGGAGCGCAUACAGGACAAAACUGCAAGGGGUUUCCCUUAUCGACAGCCCGACGAUUAGGAGUGUCUACACGCGUGACGUCAAAGGUCGCACGCGGAGAUUGGGCGCUUGAUGUACAUGUUGAUAAACUUUACGAAGAGUUAGACGUACAACAGUUUCUGAGUUUAAAACCACGGAAAACCUUUGGGCAGUGGGUAAUCCGAGAAUUUAAUUAGGCUUCGAUAUUUGUAAUAAAUACUUAGCGAUUAAAGACAACAUUGUCUUGUGUAUGCAAUGAAUUCUCCUCCGACUUGCCCUACUGAGAGAGCUAAGUCACGUGACACAAACAUGACCUCUUUUGAUCGAUUUUAUUUAUAGUAAGGGUAUUCCUUGGCAAUUGCAAUAUUUUGAGAAGGAUUUGAAGCAAAAUGAUAAAUUAAUUAGUUUGAAUAUGUUUUUAGUCAAAAUAUAUCAUCAAAUCACCCAGUUUGUACGCGGGAAUGUAUCUUUAACUGUAUUGUUGGAGAUUGAGCUAUGUUUAUAGUUCCAAGAAAAACAGAUGGGUAAGCUCUACUUAUUGGUUACGGGCGGUUAUUAUUUACUUGUCUACGAUAUCACCCUUGGUGGAAGUAGACGUAAAACUCCAGAAACGAACGAACAAUUAUUAUUUUUGCCUGUGAGAAAACUUGUUUAGCCAUGAUAAAAAAUACAGCUGAUUUAUUCCUCCGAAAAUAUUUCUCCGAAAAUAUUCCUUUUACAUAGAUUCUUAAGAAUACAUUAAUUGUAGCCAGACUGCAUUAAUUAGGAAAGGGUGUUUGCUGUUUAGACCAUCAUAAAUUGUUGUGGAAUGGAUUGUGAGGAUCAAUGCUGAAAUGAAAUAAAUGCUACUAUUCCUUUUCUGGCAUUAAAUUCCGAUUGUUCAUGAAUAAACAGUGUACUCAUUAAAGGUGUAUUUCUUCGACAACUAGAGAACGCAUAGACAUGUAUUAAAGAAUAUAAUAAUGACAUGCAAAACUGUAUUCGUUGCUGAAGUUUUCCAGGGGAAAUUGCAUUAUGCAAUUGGAAUUAGCAGCCAAUAAAUACACAUUCAGUAAAAAGCAAGGAAUGGUGAAAUAUUUUAUUUGUAAACAAUUAUUAACUACAUGUACAUCUAUAAGAAGGGGUCUUUAGCAAUUGGAGGAACCGGAAAAUACCCACUAGGUCGGACGGCCGACCAUAUUCCUUGUUGACUCAAUGACAGACCUUAUGAUACAGCGCGCACAUGUUAACCAUUCGCACCCCCCCCCCACACACACACAAACCGCGAGAGUAUCAGAGAUAACAUCUUCCCCCUUGGCCCAUGAUUUAGCAUGCACAUGGUUGCGGUUCCCGGUAUUUGGGUCCUUUGGACAAAAUGUCAUGUAACUUAUAAAAUCAUUUUUUCACAAUUUAUUUUUUAACUAUCAUAGCAAGAACGUCAAUUCAUUCUAUCUGUUUAUGGACUGAUAAAAAAGACAGCAUGUUUUAUUUUUGUUUUGCCAAUUUUUUUUAAAAUCUACCAAGGCUGAUGUUUAACUCACCUGUAUCCAUAAGUUCUUUCGACCCCACUAUCAACAAUACAUCUAAGUUUAUCAUAAACACGUUAUAUCCGAUUAUCUUUACUAGGUCCUCAAGAGAAAUUUGCAAUAUACGUUAAAAGCAUUAAAGUAGAGCAGGAAAUGGGGUCCUAAUCCAGUAAACAUCGCAGGCUAGCGUUGACAUCGAGAGUUGAUUAUUGUCUGGAUAAGUUAAUUAAUGUCUAAUUAAUAAUUUAGAUAAUAUUUGAGGCCUAAUGAAAGACCUGCAAUAGGCAGAUUUAGCUCUUGCAUAAUGUAUGUUUAAGUAGUCGUCGUUGGUGUCAAUAUAUGUUUUCGGGGUGCAGAUUCGAUUUCUGUCAUUUACAACUGCGUAAAAUGAUCGUAUGUUUACCAAUUUAGCAUGUUUCAAGGUGGUGGAACGUUUUUAAACACAAUGUAUUAUUAUCAUUUAUUUGCUUGUUGUUAUUUACGGGUUUCUAAAUCUAAUUCAGCUACGUAACGUAGGCUAUUGGCUUGUAGCAUGUUCGUGGAAGCCGGUGUGACAGUGUGAGAUGGUUCCUGGUGUGUAAUUACCGUUUUGGACACGGUUUGCAUUGACUCCCCGUGAUAGGAUUUACCCUAAGAUUUUCUUACGGUCAAAUCGGUUUCUACACUGUUUUCUACCAAUAUUUACAGCAUUACUAUCAGGAGAGGUUGUCGAGUUUCUAUUGUUUGUUUUUUUCGAUAAAAAGUAGGAAUACAAAUUAAAUUGACUAAGCUCGGAUUUACCAAUAAAGUGAGCCGUAGCAAUUCGCGUUGAUGGAAAAUCCCCGGUCGCGUGACGCCAGAGCGUUAUUUUCCCUCGAGCGUCUCCCGUUCCUAAACGGUAAUUUCGCUUACAUUUCGAUAAUAUUUUAGCCUGAAUCUUGGCGGAUAUUGAGAUUGAUAUGAAACUAUUACAAUACAAUUGCUAGUAAUACAUUUAAAUAAAAUAGUAAGUCAGAAUGGUAGAUCGAGGUGGGCUAUACUAAGCGUAGUGAUAAUCCAGGAAGCUUUUAUUCCACUUCUGGUGAGCCUUUAUUUUGGUCACGAUUUAAGAAAGGUCAUUCUGACAUAGUAGGGCUGACAAAAAUGAUGGGGGAGGCUAAAUUGAGCUUAUCAAGUUCUGUGUGGGAAAUCGUGAAUCACGUUUUGGAAAUUUUGUCGGAACCCAAGGCGAGAAAUACCCAUCAAAAAACCUCCAUCUCCGGAAACCGUGUUUCGUCAAUAAAACAUUAAACGAGACCCUGCUCGGUCUCCCGGCAUGGGGACAAAGAGAGCGUAAAUAAAAUAAAUCUUUGCUUUAAACAGGACACUCCAAUAAUACAUGUACUAUAUUCCACUUUAUUUUUUAUUAAUUUACAUUUUCUUUAUUAAUUACACAUUAAUAUAUCCCGUCAAACUUCCACAGCUUUUUCAAUUGUCACCUGUGUUUUAUUUUAAUGCAAUCUCUUCCAAACAUAAUUUGUAUACAUUCUUGGAGUGUUUUACGUCCGGUCUUUUUUUUACGUUUACAUUAUACCCCCCGCCCCCGCCCCGUCCCGCCUUCUUGAAGAAAAUAAGAAAAGUUUAUUAUCCUUCAUAUAACCAUUGGCCAUUAUUUUAACUAACAUUUUCUUUUUCAUUCAAACUUGCAAUCUUGCAUUAAAGUUAAGGACAAUAGAAUAGUAAGUGCAGGAGGACACAUAAUUGUGCUCAUCGGCAAAAUUUCAUUGAAUUCCUUAAAAAAAAAUAGUUACUUUGAAUAAUGUUUCCAAAAGAAAAAUAUUUGGUCCCAAACGGCUUAAUUGUUGGUGAUUAAAAACACACUUAACAAAUUGUUCAUGAGUAAGUCUAGAUUGUCCUGUCAUUUGUUAUUCUGUUGCAUUGCCACCUAACAUUGAGAUUGAAUUUAUGUCUGCUUUCAUUGGUAGCCUACUUGAUGCCAACUUUUAGCUCUUCAAAAAAUGAUUAUCAGCUUCUUUUAUGAAGAUAGGGCUGCUUAAAAAUACAUAAAGGCGAAAAGUUCUGCUAAAACAUGUUAUGUAACAAAACAAUUCUAGAUUUAAACCAGAAUGAAAUAAUCUAUUUACCAUAAUUAACAAUAAUUACAAUAAUAAACAACAAAAUAGAUUAUAAAACAUCGUGAAGAUAUGACUUGAAUGUAACCAAACCAGUAUAAAAUGAACUGUUGUCUAGUUUUAUAAUCAUGUUUGUUUCAAGUUAUCAAGGUGAUGCAAUUGAUUGUCUAUUUUCUAACAAAAUUAUUUGCAACUGUGGAUAUAUUAAUGGGUUAAGGUUUACGAAGCCAGUAACACCAGUUACAUAGCGAUUACAUUCAUGUAUCCCCAUAGACGUUGCAUGGUUGCAAACCAUUAUAGUAAAAUAGAGUAAAAAGUUAGUAGCCAUUACUUUUGCAAAAAUACUCAUUUAUUAGUUCUAUUCUGAUAAAUGAAAUGGGGUUUAACGUCCAACUAUUCGGCUCCGACUGGGCUAAUGAAGACGGUAAAUUAGUAGCUGUGUAGUUCCAGGGUGUCAUAGAAUGUUUCUAUAUAAAUAAUGUAUAUAUAACAAUGUAACUAAUGAUAAAGCGCUAUGAUAAUCAUAUAUGAUUUAUAACUGUGAUAUAUAACCAUGUCAAUAUAUAUAAUAAUCCAUGAUAUAAUCUCUAUCCUUUAUUACAUAU